AUGAUCAUUGUCUUUCUCGUCGCUUCAAAUAAGCAUUUAUUUCGACACAGGAGAAGCCACAACGGUAUCCUACUCCUCGAUUAUGCGAAGACUGUGCGAGUCGUGGUGGUUGCUGUAGUAGAGGUUGUGGAUGCUGUCAAAAACCUCGCAGUGACUUUCGCCUCACAGGGCAUGGCCAUUGUACCAAGUUUCGCGGCUGUUAUUUUCAAGCCCGUGGCUUUGAGCUGGAUGAGACACAAGAGAAGCUAUUGA